CCAACACUUCCGCACCCUGCAUACCAACAUCGACACCCAACUCCCCCAAAUCGCCAUGGUGCCCACCAACACACCCUUUGCACUUGCGCUAUCGUCGCCAUACAGUCUCAUCCAGGACAUCUUCACUCGCUCAAGAAAGUCCUCGGAAGAAGUGCCAACAGCGGUAUCUGACGAAUUCAGGCGGGCAUUCCCCGACAGCGAGACGCGGGCCAAAGUGCCCUACCUGAGCAGAGGAAAUCUUCAGCAGCUCAAAGGAAAGACGGUACGAUGGAAGGGUAUGGUGCAAGACAAUUCCAUGGGCAAUGAGAUUGUGCUAGCUACACUGCCAGGUUCGUCUGAGCCCAAGUGUGCUCUGUACGGAGCGGACUCUCUGACUACAGAAGGUGCAGCUGGAUCGGAAGCAGCAACGGAAGCCUUUGGCGCUCCUUCUGGAUCGGAUCUGACCGAGAGAUCUGUGCUGUAUGCAGCCAGCCUCCCUGGAAGAUCGAGCUGGGCGAGGGACGCAGACAGGGCAGCUCUGGCGUUGGAAGAGGCAUUCAGUGCAGGAGGGUCGGAGGGUGUGAGAAGUUCAGAAGCCCCAGAGGCCAGUACUAGCUCGGCCACAUCCUUCGGCGUCAAAGAAAAGGUUCCAAUGUCAGACUCAUCCGAUGCACUUGGUGUCCUGCUCAAGGUCUACGACAUCACAGCGGCCGAGGCACUUCAAGCAGGCGACGUGGUUGAAGUCGUUGGUAUUCUCGAUUUUGGACCUCUGCCGAGCUCAGAGUGGGCUUCCGGCUCUUCAGCAGCAGACGAUUCCGCGGUGCCUGAACAGCUCCAUCCUACACUUCACGUCCUCUACCACGAUAAGCUCGCCGACGUCUGGUCUUCUAAGCCUGCUGAGAGUUCUGCAUCAACUUCGAACAGCGCGGCUGUCUCAACGCAGACUGCUGAGACGACCCGGGCGGCUCUGAUCAGCAAGCUGGCCGCCACUCUAAGCGGCGAUGAGACGGCAGCAGAAUGGCUCUUGCUCGCUCUCAUCGCCAGUAUCCACACCCGCAAAGCGCCCUUUGCCCUCGGACACCUGUCCCUGCGACUCCACCUCCCGACCUCCAAUAGCCCCUCCGAGCUCCCUGCUCUACUCUCCCACCUCCUGCCCUCGGUCGUGCCUCUGCCCCUCACCCUCAAGAGCCUCAACGAUCCUUCCAUUUCCUACCCUCCUCACUCCCUUCCAGACAGCACAGGGCUGCGCGCUGGCCACUUGCAACUGCCCCGCGGCACGACGCUCCUCGUGGAAGAGGCCAUCUCCGAGGGCAAGCUAGGCGCUCACGGUCUUAGUAACCUGGAGUGUCUGCAGGAGGUAGUAGGUCGGAGCGAGCUAGGCUAUCGUUUCCCCUUCAACCCAGCGCCGUUCAUGCUGCCAGUGGAUCUGGGCGUGGUGAUCCUCUGCCAGGAGGAAGCGCUGAGUGCAGAGGAGGAGGCAAAGGGUGGAAAGAAGGCGCUGAGCGGUGGAUUGAUCAAGUGCGAUGUAGACGUCCUCGUCUCGCCUUCUUCUGCCAGCAGCUCAGCAGCAAAGACCGAGCAAAGCAGCAACAGCAGCGAUGCAGAUCUGCCUGCACUGCGUAACCACCUUCUCCGAGCUCGCCAACUCGCCCGCACACUAGCCGUACCAGCAGUCGUAGCAGAGGAGAUUCAAAAAGACUUUGUCGCAUCGCGCUCCUCUGCAAGCGCCUCGACGAAUGCAUCGGCUGCUGCUGCUGCUGCUUCGGCAAGUCAGGAAGACCUCCUACGACAGAUGGACGUCGCGCGUCUUCUUUCUGCCUCGAGAGGUCGAGCCGAACUGACCUUUGAAGAUUUCAAGAAGGCCAAGGAGAUGGACCAAAGGAGAGUUGAGGAGCUUGCUGUGAGGCGCAAGGUCGGGGUGGGUAAGCAGAAGUAGCUCGUCGAUUAUUGUACACGUAGGCAGGGGUAUGGGUAUGGGUGUCUGGUUUUAAGUUUACGAGGGUUUCGUGAUGUAGUAAUAUGAAUUGUGACGAUUGUAAUGCAGAGUGAUGAUGCUCGAUGUGAAGGAACUCGUGAAGAAAUAUACAAAGGGUGCGGAU